AUUUCAGUGCAGCACCGGAUCCGUUCUCUUCCAAAAGCUCUCCUGUCUCUCUCUCUCUAUUCCUCGCUCUCAGUCUAGCAAUGGCGCCUCGAUUCCUCUUUCCGCAAACUCUGCGGUCUCUGGAAGAUGAACACGCAGACGACGACGGCGACCGUCUUUGUGCUCGGAACUCUAUCGACGUCGCCUCUCUUUCUCGGCCCCAACUCGAAGAGCUCGUCAAAGGUGUUGCAUUUGACCUGUCUGAUAAGGAGGUAUUCUGCAUUGAAGAGCAAGAUAUAUUUGAUCGCGUGUACUCGUUGGUUCUUAAUUUCUCUAGUCUGGCUCCUUCUUAUAAGCUCAAUAUGGUGGAGACUCUGCGCUCGAACCUUACCGUGCUUCUCCCAAGUGUCGAUUUGCUUUCCCGAGCUGGGGAUGAUGAUCCAACCGUGUUUGACAAAAUUGCGUCACUACGAAAUGCUUUUAAAAUCUAUACAUUUUUCCUAGUUUCUAUAGUUCUGCUGGAGGAGGCUAGUAUCAGCAGUUCUAAUAACAAUUCAAAGGUGCCUGCAACUAGCAGGAAGAGACAGGCUGUGCAUUCAUGGAACUGGGAUCCACAAAGGGGUCGGAUCCUCAAUUUGAUUGCUAAUUCAUUAGAAAUCAACCUCUCAUUGCUCUUUGGAUCAACAGAUCCAGAUGAAAAUUACCUUGCUUUCAUGGUCAAAAAUGCUCUAAGCAUGUUUGAGAAUUCAACACUGCUGAAGGACUCUGAGACGAGAGAUCCAUUGUGCCGUAUACUAGGUACUUGUGCUACGAAAUACCACUACACAGCGCAGGCAUCUGCUUCCAUCAUGCACUUAAUCCACAAGCACGAUUUUGUUGUCACCUCCAUGGCUGAUACUGCUGCGUGGGCUGAAAAGAAAUACGCGGAUGGCACCCUCGCUUAUUCUCUUAUUAGAGAAAUUGGGAGGACCAAUCCAAAGAGUUAUGUGAAGGACAGUGCUGGUGCUGAAAAUGUUGGACGUUUUCUAGUGGAACUUGCUGAACGGUUGCCAAAUUUAAUGUCAACCAAUGUUGGGCUCGUGAUCCCACAUUUUGGAGGGGAUUCGUACAAGAUAAGGAAUGCUCUGGUAAGUGUUUUGGGAAAAUUAGUUGUGAAGGCAUUUAAGGAUAUGGAAGGUGAAGUGAGUUCAAAGUCAAUACGUCUACGGACCAAGCAAGCCAUGUUGGAAAUCUUACUUGAGCGGUGCCGAGAUGUUUCUGCUUAUACAAGGGGCCGAACCCUUCAUGUCUGGGGUGAGCUAUGUGAAGAGCAUGCUAUUUCUAUCGGUUUUUGGAAUGAGGUUGCAACUGUUGCUGCUGGCCGAUUAGAGGAUAAAUCUUCCAUUGUCAGAAAAGCUGCACUAAGUUUGCUUAUAAUGAUGUUGCAGCAUAACCCAUUUGGACCACAACUUCAAGUAGGUUUAUUCAAAGCAACUUUAGAGCAAUACAAGAAAAGGCUGAACGAGCUUGAGCCAGAUGAAGCCGAGAGUGUGGUAGAUGAUUUACCAUCUGACAGUAGCAGCAGCGGAAGACCAGCUGAAGGCGAGCAUGGAGGUGAUGAAGCGGUGUCCACGGAGCAGCAAGAAAGCUUGUCAGACAGUCAGCUGCAGGUUGAAGAAGCAAAAUGUAUUGUCCAGAAGGACGGUAGGUUGCCAGAUGUCGGGAACCUUGAGCAGACUAGGGCAUUGGUUGCAUCUCUUGAAGCAGGUCUGACAUUCUCCAAGAGCAUUGCUGCAACUAUGCCUACUCUUAUACAAUUGAUGGCUUCGUCUUCUGUGACUGAUGUUGAGAAUACGAUUCUCCUGUUAAUGAGGUGCAAGCAAUUCCAAAUAGAAGGUGCAGAAGCCUGCCUUAGGAAGAUGUUACCACUGGUCUUCUCUCAAGAUAAAUCUAUCUAUGAUGCUGUGGAGAAUGCAUUUAUCACAAUUUACAUCAAGGCUAACCCAAUAGAAACUGCGAAGAAUCUUUUGAAUCUUGCUAUUGAUUCAAAUAUAGGGGAUCUUGCGGCUUUGGAAUUGAUUGUCAGUGCCUUGGUGUCCAAAGGUGAUCUAUCAAACAAUACGAUAUCAGCCUUAUGGGACUUCUUCUGCUUCAAUAUAAGUGGAACCACUGCAGAGCAAAGUCGAGGAGCUCUUUCAGUCCUUUGCAUGGCUGCAAUUUCAUGCAAUGGAAUUCUGGGAUCUCAUUUGCAAGAUAUUAUUGAUAUUGGCUUUGGUCGCUGGGCCAAAAUUGAUCCUCUGCUUGCCAGAACUGCAUGCAUUGCCAUUCACAGACUUUCUGAAGAGGACAGGAAAAAGAUGUUGGCCAAUAGUGGUAACCGUGUAUUUGGUUUGUUGGGAAGUUUGGUUACUGGUUCCUGGCUUCCCGAUAGCACGUGGUAUGCUGCUGCCGAUAAAGCUAUCAGUGCUGUGUAUACUAUUCAUCCAGCUCCAGAAGCCUUUGCUGCAGAUAUGGUGAAGAAAUCACUUAUUACUGUUUUUCAUGCAAGUGGAGAAGAUGACUUGCAAAAUGAAAUCGAGGAUGGUGCUACCACUGCUCUUACAGAAGUCCAAGUAGCAAAACUUAGUAGGUUCUUGUUUAUUGUAAGUCAUGUUGCCAUGAAUCAGUUGCUGUAUAUAGAAUCUUGUAUUCGCAAGGUCCAGAAGCAGAAGACUUCCAAGGAUAAGGCAUUGGAGAGUCAGAAAAAUGACACUAAUGGGGCACAUAAGGAUGAUGAUAUCAAUGCUGAGCUUGGUGUUUCUGCCUCUGAAGAUGCAAUAAUUGAUUCUCUAUCAGAAAGAGCAGAGAAAGAAAUUGUCUCUGGUGGAUCCAGUGACAAAUAUUUGAUAGGACUUUGUGCUCCUUUCUUAUCAAACCUUUGUAGAAAUUUCAACCUGAUGCAAAAGUAUCCGGAGCUACAGGCAUCAGGAAUGCUUGCUCUUGCUCGAUUCAUGGUCAUUGAUGCUGGUUUUUGCGAGGCAAAUCUCCAGCUUCUUUUCACAGUGGUCGAAAAAGCGCCAUCUGAAACAGUUCGUUCGACUUGCACUAUUUGUCUUGGAGAUUUGGCUGUCCGGUUUCCUAAUUUGUUAGAGCCAUGGACUGAAAACAUGUAUUCCCGUUUACGAGAUCCUUCAGUUUCAGUCAGAAAAAACGCAGUGCUGGUCCUCUCUCACCUCAUAUUAAAUGACAUGAUGAAGGUAAAAGGUCAUAUAAACGAGAUGGCAAUAUGUUUAGAAGAUGAAGAGGAGAGGAUUUCAAGUCUGGCUAAACUUUUUUUCCAUGAAUUAUCCAAGAAAGGAGCCAAUCCGAUAUACAAUUUACUUCCGGACAUACUUGGAAAGCUAUGUAAUCAAAAUCUCAAAAAGGAGGCCUUCUGCAACAUAAUGCAGUUUUUAAUUGGGUCUAUAAAGAAGGACAAACAAAUGGAGGCUCUUGUUGAAAAGCUCUGCAACAGGUUCUGUGGAGUUACUGAUGUUAAGCAGUGGGAGUACAUUGCUUACUGUCUUGCUCAGCUCACAUUCACUGAGAAGGGGAUGAAAAAGCUCAUCGAGUCAUUUAAGACAUAUGAGCAUGUGCUAUCUGAGGAUUCUGUUAUUGAGCACUUCAAAACCAUAAUCACUAAGGUAUUUCUUAAUUCUGUUACUGAGUCUUCCAAAAAUCUUACACAGGCAAAGAAGUUUGCGAAACCAGAAAUCAAAGUUUGCAUUGAGGAGUUUGAGGAAAAGCUCAACAAGUUCCAUAUUGAGAAGAAGGAGCAAGAUGCCACUGCGAGAAAUGCCCAAGUACAUCAGGAGAAAGUUGUUGAAAGAGCUGGUCUGGUUGCAGCAACUAACAAAAAUUAUGAAAGUGAGGAGUCUGAUAUUUCAGAAGAGGGUGAUACAGCUGAGCCAUCCAUGGAAGCAACUUCUCCUUCUGAAGACAACUCAGCAGAUCCUAAUUCCAAUGGAACUGUUGAAGAUUCAUGUCGUUCAAGCGAGCUCUCACGAGUGGGGCCAUCUGUGGAAGUAACUUCUCCUGAAGACGACUCCGCAGAUCCUAAAUCCGAUGAAACAGUUGAAGAUUCAGGUCCUUCAAGUGAGCUCUCACAAGUGGAGCCUGUAUCAGAUGGCAAUGAAGUCCAAUCUGUAAAAAGGUCGGCCAAAUCCAGAAGACACAAAAAGAGCAACAUGAAAGAUCAAGCCAGCAAUGCCAAUACAUCCAGGAGGAUAAGUACCAGGACAAGGGCAAAGCGAUCAUCGUGCGUCAGGUAGAAGAAGCUGCCACUCUUCCCUGGCGACGAGAGCUCGCGAAGUGCAUUAUCGCCACAAAUCGAUAGCAUGUAGUCAGCUGCAUCAACCUUAAACAGCUUCCUAAGACUGACCUGAAAACCAAGGGGCAGUAGUCUUUCCAUUUGAACUCUGAACAAUUGUGUGGAGGGGUGUGCUUGCUUCCUUCUGGAGGAAACCUCGUCCACACUUUCUCCUUUGGGUCGAAAGCUGAUGCCUUCAGAUCAAGGGAUGCUGCUGGACCUGGUCUCCCCACUGAAUUACCUGAUUCCCAGCUGUAGAUUGAGCAUGAGCUCAUAGUUCUUGUGCCCUUUACAAAUGGCGUCACCCUGCCGCUUAGCAGCUUUGGGUACUCUCAUGGGCAGCAUCUUAUUCAGACUGGCAGCGAAAUUGCUUUCCUCCAUCUCCAUCAUGCCCAGCAGCUCCGCCUCCAUAUCCCUCCUCGCUCCGCCGCGGCGGCGGCAGAGGACGCACCCUGGUCGUCGCCGUCCCACAUGUUCAUCCUCUCGAACGCCCUCUCGACGCCGACGCUGACCCUGCCGUCGACGGACAGCCGGCGGGCCUUCUCGCUGUGCUUGGACGAGUUCCACACCGCCAGCUUUUUCUGCGACGGCAGGACGGCGACCUUCUCGCAAGGGCAGACCUGGGCGUCGGCCAGGUAGACGUUGUACACGUCCUGCGGGUCCCACUCCAGCUGGCUGCCGGAGUGGGACGCCGCCGCGGAGGGUGACGCCGACGGGUAGUAGCUCCCGUUCUGCUCGGUGGGGUCUUUGCUCCAGUUGCCGACGUAGAAGCUGCCGUCCGGGAAAGUGAACGUGCCGUUGCCCUUUGGGACGCCGUCCUCCCACUGGCCGUCGUAGCGGUUGCCGUUCUCCCACAUGAACGUGCCUUUGCCGCAGAUGUUGCCGUUCUUCCACUCGCCGACGUAGUAGUUGCUGGUGGUCUUCCAUUGGUACUUGCCUUGCCCUUCUUGCAACCCUCGCCGCCAAUCCCCUUCGUACCAAUCUCCAUUAGCAAAAUGCUUGAUCCCAUGCCCAUGCUUGAGAUUCAUGACCCAUUGCCCACGAUAAAUAUCUCCGUUCGCCGCCGAAUACGUCCCGGUGCCGUCCAUAUACCCGCUCUUGAACUCCCCUUCGUACGUCGCCCCCGACGGCCAGCUGAACCGGCCGCGGCCCAUCGUCUUCCCUUUAUACCACUCGCCGACGUACAUGCACCCGUCGGUCCACAAGUACUUCCCCCGGCCGUUGGGGAAAUUGUCGUACCACUGGCCGGAGUAGUAGUCACCGUUGGGCAACACCUUCUCCGCGUAGUAACACUCCGUUCCUCCUCCGCCGCCGUUCGCGCUGCCGGGCCCCUCGUCGCCGCCGCUGCUACUGCUGCCCUCGUCGCCGUUGCUGGCGGCGGAGGAGGAGGCGGCGUGGUCGUCGUCGGGGAUGUGGGCCAGGGAGAUGCCGAAGAUGCUGUUGGCCCGCUUCUUGGCCGCCUGGGUCUUCCGAAUCGUGGCUUCCCAUGCCUUGAUUACGCCGCUCUGUUCUUUGCUCAUGUUUUAGUGACGAUUUUUUUAGCGACGGUAUUGUUUUGGUUUUCUCGUCGCCUUAGGUCGAUGGUGAUGGAUUCGUCGUCAUUUUGGUGGAGAGAGAGGGGAAAAGGGGAGAAAGGAAGAGAAAUUGAUUGUAUUGGUUUGAAA